GUGCGGGGGGCAUGUUCAGGUCCCCCCCUCCCUCUCUGUGCAGCGCUGCGCUGGCAGUCCGCUCUGUAUAACCCGCGGCGCGACUCUGUUAGCGCGCUAGUGUAGCGCGCAGCGAGCGGCGGAGCGAUGUUACAGCAGCACCAGGCAGGCUCCGGGAGCGGGCCCGCAGUCCGGGGGCUCCAUUUAGCGAGACACGCGGGCCUGCACCCUGUAAACCCGGCUCUCCAUCAAUCACAACACCACCUGCACCACGACGCCCCGGAGAACGGAGUCGAGACGCGGAAAGACAUCGGCGAUAUUCUGCAGCAGAUCAUGACGAUCACGGACCAGAGCUUGGACGAAGCGCAGGCAAAAAAGCAUGCGUUAAACUGUCACAGGAUGAAACCGGCGCUGUUCAGCGUUUUGUGUGAAAUCAAAGAAAAGACCGGUCUGUCCAUGCGCAGCGCUCACGACGAGGAGCCUAGUGACCCACAACUUGUGCGAUUGGACAACAUGCUGCUGGCCGAGGGCGUGUCUGGUCCUGAGAAAGGGGGCGGAGCUGCAGCGGCCGUCUCCGCGGCGACCUCGGGGGGUGGAGUCUCACCCGACAAUUCCAUCGAGCAUUCCGAUUACCGGAGCAAACUGGGACAGAUCAGGAAUAUAUACCACUCGGAGCUGGAGAAAUACGAGCAGGCGUGUAACGAGUUCACGACCCACGUGAUGAACCUGCUGCGGGAGCAGAGCCGCACGCGCCCCGUCUCGCCCAAGGAGAUCGAACGCAUGGUGGGCAUCAUCCACCGCAAGUUCAGCACCAUCCAGAUGCAGCUGAAGCAGAGCACCUGCGAGGCCGUCAUGAUCCUGCGCUCGCGAUUCCUCGACGCCAGGCGGAAGCGUCGUAACUUCAGCAAGCAGGCGACGGAGGUUCUGAACGAGUAUUUCUACUCCCACCUCAGCAACCCCUACCCCAGCGAGGAGGCCAAGGAGGAGCUAGCCAGGGAGUGCAGCAUCACCAUGUCCCAGGUGUCCAACUGGUUCGGUAACAAGAGGAUUCGCUACAAGAAGAACAUCGGCAAGUUCCAGGAGGAGGCAAAUCUGUACGCAGUGAAGACGGCCGUGGGAGCGACGCAGGGGGGGGAGUCACCAGAGACCCCCACCUCCACAGGGUCUGGCUCGUUCUCUCUCCCUGGCUCAGCUGACAUGUUCAUGGGAAUGCCGGGGCUCAAUGGAGACUCGUUCCACGGAGCAGUGCAGGGGGAGCCUCUUGGUCAGGGGAUGACUCGAGGCCGCUACACAGACAGGCUGGGAGCUAAUCACAUGUACACCUCCCCAGAGAACAGGGCUAACGGAGGCUGGCAGGAAGCAGCCACGCCCACCUCUGUGACCUCACCCGGAAGUGACCACUCGGAGAACUCCAACUGAUCAUUUUGCCCUGCCGUUGGCUGCAGUGGAUUCCGGAGGGGCGGGGUCCUGGUUUUAUAUAUAUAAGAGAAUCGUUUGGUUUGGGGGGGGGGGGGGGGGCGGGGGGGUCUUUACGAGAUUUCAGUUUGUAUUUUUGUUUAUUUUUCUCAUUCUGUUUUCAGCUUAGACCAAGAGAGAGAGAAGGGAUGAGUGUGUUUGAACUCACUCUGGGUAAGCAUGUGUUAGUGUGUGAUAGAGGGGGGAGGGAGAGGACUUAGGAACUGUUCUUAGCCUGUCCUGUGCUUUGCUGCUUGGGAAGGUCAUGUGACUCGGAUCCACAAAACUAACAAACAAAGAGGAGGAGAGACGCAUCGCUGGUGUGGAGCUCGUCACCCUGCUGAAGGCCCCCGGCUGUGGAAUAAGCAGGGCGAUUUGAUCAGCCUGCACCCUGCCACACGACAGCUCCCGUCUCCCUCUCCCUGGAUCCCUGUCUGUCUUUUACAGCAGUGGGGAGUCACCCUGGAGGUCUGUGUUAGUCCUGGGAUAAUGAAUAGAUUGCCUCCAGGGCUGUAAAGUGCUCUAAUACAGAAGCCCAGCUGCGGUGCAGCAUCCCUCACGCUAAUCAGUUUGUUUAGUUUUUAUACCGUUAGUCAUUAACAACCUGUACAGAAUCACUACGUACGUACGUGUGUGUGUGUGUGAGAGAGAGAGAGAGAGAGAGAGAGAGAGAGAGACCUGACUUUGGACACACUACUAAACUGUAAAUACAGCAGAAUUAUAUAAAACGGGAAAAAAAACUAGUUACAAAUCACAAAGAUGAAGACGAGGGGCUGGCGGGGAGGCCGACUCACGCUAACAGCCACCCCACGUCUGAACAGAACUACACCAAAACAAGCAGUUCAAACUGCGCUUCAUAACAAGCUGGGUGUUUGUAUUGUGAUGAUUAUUGGUAUACCUCAAAAGCAGCUCGUUCAAAAUCCAUUUGAAAGGGCCCCCCCCCCCCCCCUUUUAAAAAUAAUAAUUGAAAUGUUUUUUUUAUUCUUAUUGUCUCGUAUUAAAGUGAGCUGAACCACCUUAGCUCUGCUUCCAAAGACAACUACAAACAUGGCGUUCACGUGCUGGGGCUCCUAUUGGUGCCACCAUCUUGAUUGUAGUUUUUCAUCACAGGUCGCUGUUUUGUUAAACCGUCCUGUAUUGUAAUGUAGCUUGCCAGGAUUGUAGGGUGAAUGUUGCUUGAAACUGUCACUCCCAAAAAGGUCUUUUUAAAACUUUAAAGAUGAUUGAAAUGAUAGAAUAGAUGGACCUUCGGUUUAUCAGAUUAUUCCUAAGAAAGUCGAGACAUGGAAAGUGUGACUCAUCAUGAUCUUGUGGUCUAUGUGCGACUUCUAGUUUUCUUUUGAUUUCCUUUUUAACUGUUUGUAUAUUGUGUGUGCGUGUUUUGAAGUGUGUGCGACCACAUCUCUUUUAAUAAAACUGUUUGACAGCAAAUAGACUAACAGUGUCCUGUACAGUACUACCUACCUCUCUGAGUAUUUUAAAUAAAACUUUCACACACUUUUCAAA